GUUACAGUUUUCACGGUGCUAAAAAUAUUGACGUUUGUGGUGUUCAGAGCAUUCCUGCACACUUCUAUGCAAAGAAGAAAAUACUGCAUCCGUCAGAAGCUCUCUUCUCUCUUCUUUAUCGAUGCCAAAGGGCUGCUACAUAAGGUGAGGAAGUAGUACUAACACUACGCAUAUGGCUAGGUACAAAACACAAAACAGAAAUGCAGCAAGCACAACAGUGUGUGGAUGAUAAUGAAAAUGUUGAUUGAUACACUGUCGGCUGUUUUCCUCAUUGUGUCCUCCCUGGUGAACUCCCUUGGUAAACUCCUAGGAUUCAAUGUAAUGACAUGUCGCAGUGAGGACCUGGUCUGUAAUAACAUAUUGCAGUGAGGUCUUUGUCUGUAAUGACCUGUUGCAGUGAGGACCCGGUAAUAAUGUGUGCUCAGAUCUAAGCUAUCUGGGGAUAGGUAGAAUGUGUAUGUUCUAUGUGAUAAAUGUAACAGUAUGUAAUUGUAUGUCUUUUAUUGUCCUUUGUCUGCCAUGUGGCUAAUGGAGUUUUGCCUCUGUCCUUGGAGAUAAUUGGAUUACUUCCCAAUUAUCUCCAGGACAGAGAGGAGGGAUUGUGAUGCAUUGUGGGAGUGUUUAAAAGUGUAUGUCUGUGAUUGGUCAAUGUCCAAUAUGUUUCCCAGUUUCCCAUCUGGUCCCCUAGGGGAGUGUCCACCAAUGUGGGAGACCUGCAUAAAAGCCGGGCAGGUAGCCCCAGUAAAUCAGUUCCUGCUUGACCCUCAGAAUGAAGUGUCGUCUCGUUAUUGGGGGAAUUGGAUUGUAUGCUUAUUGCCAGGAGUGUAAGCUGAUUGUAUGCUUUUCCUGUUUGGCUGUUUCCAGUAUUCGUGUGUUUCCUGUUUGGGAGUUGGUGAAUUUGUGUAGUUUGCAGUUCGGGAGAUGUGUGCUUACCGUAGCUGUCGGUGCAUCUGGAAAGGGGAAUAUCGCCUAAACAGUUUUUAACCUCUUGUAUGCAAAACGGUCCGUUACAAUUGGUGGCAAGCGACGGGAUCAUUCCCACAGCCCAGAAGGACAGCUGCAAGGUAACACCAGUUCCUGGAUUACAAAUUGAGGGCAACGCUAGAACCCGUACAGCGCCCCUAUAUACAAAAUAACCAACUUCAGCAGAGCAAGCAUGGCGCCCAGCUACACUCAGGAGGAGUUCGACGCUAUGGUGAAAGAACUGCUGGCAUUCUUUGGACCCAAUCCAGAGGAGAAAUACGUACAGAACACGAGGAGAAUAGUGGCAGAGUACCUGCAGUUCAAAGCAGAUUUGGCCAAAAUGGAGCCCCAGGGAGCCAAAGGUGCCAUCCAUCCUCCCCAGCGGCAGAGUGAGUUACAGGGAGCCAAAGGUGCCGUUCUUCCUCCCCAACGGCAGUGUGUGUUACAGGGAGCCAAAGGUGCCGUUCUUCCUCCCCAGCGGCAGAGUGAGUUACAGGGAGCUGAAGGUACCGUCCUUCUUCCCCAGCGGCAGUGUGAGUUACAGGGAGCCAAAGGUGUCGUCCUUUCUCCCCAGCGGCAGAGUGAGUUACAGGGAGCCAAAGGUGCCGUCCUUCCUCCCCAGCGGCAGAGUGAGUUACAAACAGCCAGCCAUUACAGGCUGAACACCAUGGGAAUUGUAGAUUGGGAUAGUUAUGGCUUUACCAUCCCAGCUAUUGUAAACUAAAGUUCUCAUGUUGCACGUGUACAUACCUGUCUUUUAACUACUGCUAGCACGAUCAUAUUAUUUUUGCUAUUUUUAAAGGACCACUCUAGGCACCCAGACCACUUCAGCUUAAUGAAGUGGUCUGGGUGCCAGGUCCUUCUAGGGUUAACCCAUUUUUUCAUAAUUAUAGCAGUUUCAGAGAAACUACUAUAAUUAUGAAUGGGUUAAGCCUUCCCCCUAAUCCUCUAGUGGCUGUCUCAUUGACAGCCACUAGAGGCGCUUGCGUGCUUCUCACUGUGAUUUUCACAGUGAGAGCACGCAGCGUAUAGGAAAGCAUUGUAAAUGCUUUCCUAUGCGACGGGCUGAAUGCGCGCGCAGCUCUUGCCGCUGCGGCGCAUUCAGCCGCGGGGCGGAUCGGAGGCGGAGAGGAGGAGGAGAGCCUCCCAGCGCUGGAAAAAGGUAAGUUUUUAACCCCUUUCCCCUUUCCAGAGCCGGGCGGGAGGGGGUCCCUGAGGGUGGGGGCACCCUCAGGGCACUAUAGUGCCAGGAAAACGAGUAUGUUUUCCUGGCACUAUAGUGGUCCUUUAAUUAAAUGUACCUCCUACCAGGAAACCCCUCUCCUGAGCAAUAAAAGUAGGCCAUAGGGAGGAGGAAUUGGAGAGGGGAAAAAAUCCUGCGGACACCCAUGAUCAGGAGUCAGCUGAUUUUAUCUUUUUUGAGGACAAACAACCUACAAGUCAUAAACAUUCUGUUUGGCAUGUUCUGGCUAAAAUAUAAUUAGAGCUUGUCCACUGACCUUCAGACCCUUUAAACUGUAAUCCUUGAGGUGUGCCAUUACACAGCAUCUCUUAGGUCAUUAGUUCUUCUCAAUGCAGUUCUCAAAUUACACUCGACAUGUCCUAACUGAGGCUUCUCAAUUAACCCCUUAAGGACACAUGACAUGUGUGACAUGUCAUGAUUCCCUUUUAUUCCAGAAGUUUGGUCCUUAAAGGGUUAAAGUUCAAAAUCACACACAAAAAAAAUAUUUAGUACCCAGCCAUCGACAGCCUUAUUUAACCAAUUAACAGAAACAUGGAUAUGGUUACAGCAACAUUUAAACUUAGAGCAGUGGUGUAUCCUGGUUUUGUGCUGCCCUAGGCAGGACAAAACUCAGGCACCCCCCUCCCCCCCGCCCCACCUUCUAAAUACACAUACACACACACAAACACACACAGUCAGACACAUACACAUACACACUCACACACACACAGUCAGACACACACACACAGUCAGACACACACACACACAGUCAUACACACACACAUUCACAGACACAGUCAGGCACAAACACAUACACACACAGUCAGGCACAAACAAACACACACACACACACAGUCAGACACACACACACACACUCAGUCAGACACACACACACACACUCAGUCAGACACUCACAAACACACGCACAGACACAAACACACACACAGUCAGACACACACACACACAGUCAGACACAGACACAGUCAGACACAAACACACACACACAAACACAGUCAGUCACACACAGUCAGACACACACACAGAUUAACUUUUUUUUUAAAUUUAAAUCCCCCCCCCAACCUCCUUACCUUUGGGAGUGCUGGGGGGGGGGAGGUCUCUCUCUCCCUGGUGGUCCAGUGGCUGCCGGGCGGGCGGGCGGCGCUGGCAGGCGGGCGGGCGAGGGAGCUCUUCCUAUGAGCUGUCUGCUCAGCUCCCUCGCGCGCCGGCUGCAGAGUGAGGCUGGGAGCCGGAAGAUGACGUCAUCUUCCGGCUCCCAGCCUCACUGUGCGGCGCGCGAGGGAGCUGAGCAGACAGCUCAUAGGAAGAGCUCCCUCGCCCGCCCGCGCCAGCCUCUGGAUCAGUUAGCCGCAAGGCUAACUAGGCAUUUGCCCUGGGCAUUUGGGGGGCGGCGUUUUUUGCCGCCCCCUGAAAAAUUCCGCCCAAGGCAAAUGCCUUGUUUGCCUCGCGGCUAAUACGUCCCUGACUUAGAGGCAAAAAUGUACCCCUCUAAUGGUUCAUUGCACUCAUUAAGCCUAUGGUAACAAAUGCAGGAAACUGCUAACAAGGGUAUUAAAGCAUAGACACCAGGCAUCCUAUAUUCUCAAUAUAAAGGGAACUGACAGACAGAGGUAUACACAACAUAUCACAAAACUAGAGCUUUGAGCUCCUCUUUCAUGAUUUAUAUAACCUCCUGAUACCAAUAUCAAUAAGGGUAAAUAGAUUGGAAUAUCUCCAGUCCCAUAUUUGUAUGUCUCCCCUGAACUGGCAGCAACUUCAGCCCUCCACUUUACAAAAGCCGAACUUCAGAAAGCGAUAAAAUCCCGCCCCGUAGAAAAGAGCCCAGGCCCUAAUGGGUUUAUGACCCGUUAUUGCCAGACAUUUCUCUCUCACCUUAGUACCAUCUUCCUCAAGAUCUUCAAUUGGUCUCAUCCUUGCCUCUGCCCACUUUAGGAGCCUCUGUAACUGUUAUCCCGAAACCUGGCUAAGACCCCAUAUUCUGAGGCAGCUACAUGCCUAUAUCAUGGAUUAAUACUGAUGUCAAAUUGCAGGGCUUUGUCAGGGGAAGGGAGGCACAAGACAAUGCUACAAAAAUUGUCAAUAUUUUCUAUGGGGCACAAACGUCCUGCACCCCCACCCUUCUCCUGGUAAUCAACACUGAAAAGGCCUCUGACAAGCUCGACUAGUCCAAUUUUUUUUUACACAUUAGAGGCUAAAGGGGUCAGGACAAAAUUGCGAUCUUCUAUUGAAGGGCUCUAUACAGGCACCUCAGCGAAUGUACAUGUUCAUGGUAAUCUGUCUACUUCCUUUGCUUUUAGCAAUGUAACCCUUCUUGAAGGCAAUUCGCCAUAAUGAUAUUAUUGAAGAUUACAGGUCGCAGGGGGGGAAACAAGGUAUCAGCAUUUAUGGACGACCUCCUCUUUACGUUAACAAAACCUGCAGUCUCAUUACGUCAGGUAAUCCAAGAGCUGGAUACUUUCAGCUGUCUUUCAAAUUUUCGUGUCAAUAUUGGCAAAAGUGGAAUCUUGGGGGUCGCAAUUCCUAGCUCUCUAAAAUGGUCCCCUAUGAGUUCCUUUGGAUUUAGUAUACUAAACAGUUAGCGACUUUUGCUGGAGAUGCUCUGUUGACAGGGGCACCAUUGUAUUGUAUUGUAUUUAACCCUUCUGGCAGACGGUUAUCAAGUUAAUCUGGGAUAGCCUACUUACCUACACAAUAUCUUACCUUCUCAUGCUCUACUGGGCUAGCCACAGAUCUUCAAGGAACCACACAAACAGACACUACUACAAGAUCUUGGAUUGGGUGAUAUGGAAUUUUGAUGGGCUUUUCACUAUAUUCAAUCCUGAGAGCAAUCUAAUAAAGAGUUCAUUAAUGUUAUUAACAUUUAUAAAGCGCCAACAAAUACAGUUUUGAACCAUGUUCUUGUCUCUCCCUCUCUCCCAUAUGUCAUAAUCUGGAAAAAUAGAAGAAAGGCAUUUGUGCCAUAACUUGUUUUAUGUUGCCUAUAUUCACCCUUACGUCUGUGAGUGCAAUAUUAUGGAUUAGCCUGGUUUUGGUGUCAAUAUUUAUUGCACUAUUGUGGUCCUCUUGUGUUUUAUUUUGUAGAUUAUAUGUUUAUAUCUGUUCACUAAGAAGGAAUUGAAGAAUCUUCUUGUAAUCUACAUAAUUUGAAAAACAGAGUAAUCUGAAAGUACCUUUCCUGGUUAAAUAUUUUGAAAGAGUCAUUUUAUUUAUUUUACAUCUUUACUCCCACUAGUUUUCACUUAAAGUAUUGCAUGUUGGUUUAGUAUUUAAGCUACUGGAGUUGUCUGGUUUUAGUAUUCUCUUGCGUCCAGUUUUAAUUAGUUUGCUCUUUAAAAAUAACUUUUUCAUUAAAGUGCAUUGUUAUGUUUCAUUAUUUACAAGUAAGUGCCUUCAAAGUUAUAAUUAAUUGGAAUUUAAAGAAAAUACAAAGUAUUCCAUAGAUAUGCAUACAGUAAAAUGUAAAAACACUGGGCCUGCGUGUAUAUGAGGUUGUUCAUAACUGUGUGUGUAUAUGUGUGUCUGUAUAUUUGUCUGUCAGUGUGUGUACCUGUGUGUCUGUGAGUGUGGUAGGGCUGAGAGGGAUGGCAAACUCAGGAGCAUUAGAAUAUAAGCUCGUUUUAGCAGGGCCCCAAAACCCUCUGUUCCUACUGUCCAGCAUUUCUUGUUGCAAAUACAUGUCUGUUAGUUCACCUAUUGUACAACGCUACAGAAUUUGUUGGCGCUUGAAUAAUAAUUAGGACUGUAGUACAUUUGAACAUGUACUACAUCACCUGGUUUGUCAUCAAGCACAUGCAUAAUUUUUUUUUAUACCCAGUGUAGGGCUCUGUAAAAUAAUUUGGUAUUUCAGACAUAAGUUAGACAGUUUUCUGUGCCCCAAGGUAAUGUUUGAGAGGUCAGAUGGGUCAGAGCUCUGUUUGCACAGUGACCUUUAACCCACUUUUCUCCCCUGGCAGCUGUAACAUGCACACAGGAAGGAAUCCUUGAGACGUGCACUGCUUCUUGUUUACCACAAUCAGCUGACCCGACAGCCUGGCUGUGAUUGGCUGGAGACUGGCACACACCUCCAUCCCCCCAAUACCAGCCUCCUUCACUCCCUACUUCCAUUCAUUGCACAGAUAGCGGCCUCUGCAGAUGGGGACAGUAUGGCAGACACAGAGCUCCCCAAACACCGGGACACUCUGUGUCUGUUUGAUGUGGAUGGGACCUUAACCCCUGCCAGACAGGUAGAUAUCAACAAUGCUCACUAUUAACCCUGUGAUAGAUGUAUUUCAUGUAAACUUCCUUUAAGUGGAUUAAUUUAGCUCUAACUAAUACAAAUAAUAAUGUUAAUGCUGUCCUCUGUCAGAUUUGACAGGUUAAUUUACAAAGAGAACAUUUUUAAUUUUUUUACAUUUUAUUUUAAAUAUUUUUUUUGCAAAAUCAUAUUCCAUCCAUAUUUGCACAGCUAUGCCACUGCUGAAAUGUGGUAGCAGUUUACUAUACAAGCAUGUAUUCUUCAAACUACUUAUAUCAUGAACUAACACUAAGCAGGGUUAUUCACUAAAACUGAGAAUUAUCAGGAAUUCAAAGUGGUCUUAAAUUUAAAAAUUUACUAGAUAAAUCUUACUAUAGUGAAUAAACCUAUACAUCUGAUUUUCAGUAAUCUUGUCACAUUUCUGCGGGGGUCACUUUUUAAAACAAAUGUUUUUUAAUUUUAUGUAUUGUCUUAAAAUAUGACUAUUAAUGUGAUGUGUUUUACAUAACCUGUAUUGUUAUGUAUUUAAGAACCAUUUAGAAUUUUAAGAAAUAUGAUUUCAUUAUUACAUUUAAGCACGUUAUUAAGAAAAACAUGUGCAUUGAUUUAAGACCUGUAUAUACUAUAAAAUCUUUAUUCAUGGAUAACCACUAACUUGCUAAAUUUAAGCCUGUAUAGAAAAGAUAGAAAUUAUGUUCCAAGAUGUCUAUAUUUAAAGAAACACUCAAAGGACCAUAACCACUACAUACCACAGUAGUGGUUAUAGUGCUAGGAGUGUUAUUGAGCCAUCCCACAUUGAAUGUUUUGGCUACUUACUGUUGGCGGCACCAGGGCACCCUUGGCACAAUAAACACUACAGCUAGCUGUACACUCUGAUUAUUACUUGAUGACUGAUGAUUUAUUGAAAACUUUGUUGAUAGCAAAUGAGCAUAUUGCUGUCAUGUUAAUAUAUAUUGUGUGUUCUAUUCAGUAGGCUAUUAGUCUUGUACACCUAACAAAAUAUUUACUACCCUAGAAUGACUCUAUAAAUAACUGUUUGAUAACUUGCUAAAGUGUUUGCUUUCAUGCCACAUUAAACUGACAUGCACGUUCAGCAACACUUAACGUUGAACAAACAAAACCAUCUGAUGAUAGCCAGUUUGACAUCAUUUUGCAAAUGUUGUGUUUUUUUUCUUUUUCUUUUAACUGUUGACUAUUGUUGUGACUCACACUGGUCCUGCACGUAGAAGGGUGUUAAAGAAGCUAGUUUCCUGUUCAAGCACCAGUCAGAACCACAACGUGCAAAUACAAAGAGUACUCCAAUAUGUUCUAUUUUAAUUCUCUGUUGUAAAAUGGCCAUUCAUUUGGUCUAAGCUGAGCACAGAAGAUCCAGCCUUAUUAUUAGUAGUAGUAUUAUUAGUAUUAGUAUUUAUAUAGCUCCAGCUCUUUCUGCAGCGCUUUACAAUAAAAGGGGAAUUUACCAAAUGACACAAUAACAAAAUGUAACAGGAACAAUAGGUAACUCAAACGAGCUUACAGUGUAGAUGAAGAUUGUUAAAAACAUUGACCGCAUACGCCCCGUUCUUACAAAAGGUGCUGCCAAGGAGCUUGUUCACGCUCUAGUAAUCUCCCGCAUCGAUUACUGUAAUUCUCCCCUAAUUGGUCUCCCCAGAUGGUUGGGGGGCAGUACAGCAUCUGGGGAGACCAAUUAGGGGAGAAUUACAGUAAUCGAUGCGGGAGAUUACUAGAGCGUGAACAAGCUCCUUGGCAGCACCUUUUGUAAGAACGGCGCGUAUGCGGUCAAUGUUUUUAAGUUGGAAUCGACAGGUUUUAGCAACAAACUGGACAUGAGGUGCAAAGGUGAGGCCAGGAUCAAAAGUGACACCAAAACAGGGAGCUUGGAAAGGAUGGGGUGAGGCAGGUACCAUCUACCUGCAGGGAGAGUGAUGGAGGAGGAUCAGUGUUUUGAGGAGGAGAAGUAAGAAACUCCGUUUUAGAGAGAUUGAGUUUCAGAAUGCGGGAGGAUAUCCAAUCAGGGAUAGAAGAGAGGCAAUUGGCGACAUGUUGUAGGACAGCAGGGGAGAGGUCAGGGUAGAAGAGAUAUAUCAGGGUGUCGUCAGCAUACACGUGGUAGUGGAAUCCAAAUUAAUUAAUCAGUUUGUCAAGAGAGGCAGUAUUAAGAGAGAUCAAAAUGGGACCAAGAGAUUUGGCGUCGACAGGGACCAAUAGUGCCACGCACACAACAUAACCAACCCAGCCCCCAUAGGCGGUUAUGAGCCAGAGAGAGAUUGAGUAGGGAGAGACGCACCCGAUGCGCACACCUAUACGGAUGCCCAAAGGGAGCUCGCCCCGCACGCACUGGCCCCGUGGGGCGGCUGGGGGCCCCCGGGGAGCAGGGGGUUCACAUGACACCACCAGACCCUAACACCUGACAGGCCUCAGAGGGAACCAGAAGGUCUUGACAUGGCUCCGACUCGACCACCCAGGGGAGUGACCUGCACACGGACCCCUUAUCCCCGACCAAGACCUAGGCGACGCAGACGAAUUAGGGACGUCCCUUUCUCCCCAGGACUGCACUGGGACGCUAUAACACCCAGCCCCGCACACCUAUCACCCCCCUAGAGGAAGGUGCUUGGCCCGCGCCUCGAACCAAGGAACCCUAACCCAACCGCGCAACGAGCUGCACCCUCAACUAACCACCGCUCUACCCACAACCCUCCCCGCAUGGGGCCCGAAACCAUGGGGCGGGAUGGAGAGAGGGGAAUGGGAGUAACAGCACCCCUAAUGGUCCCCGGGGGGCUGUCCCUGCCGACCCGUGAGGACCCAGCCACCAGCUGAGCCCUAAUAGCAGGCUCGUACCUCAGCAGGGGGGGAGAUAUGAGAAGGGGUAUGCCCAAAGGGGUCAUUAGCGAAACACUGUUAUGGAGACAAAUGUUUGUAUUGUUACAUACUGUCAAACCACAAAACUAAAUAAAGAAUGUCAAAAAAAAAAAAAAUGGGACCAAGAACUGAACCUUGAGGGACUCCGACUGAGACAGGACAAGGAGAGGAGGUGCUGUUGGAAAAAGAGAUACUGAAGGAGCGUUGGGAGAUAUAGGAGGAGAACCAUUAGAGGGCUGUGUCACAGAGACCAAGAGAUUGAAGAGUUAGGAGAAGGAGGCCAUUAUCAACAUUGUCAAAGGCAGCAGAGAGGUCAAGAAGAAUUAGUAUGGAGUAGUGGCCUUUUGGAUUUGUCUGUGAUUAGGUCAUUUGUAACUUUAAUAAGAGCAGUCUCAGUAGAGUGGAGGGGGCGAAAGCCAGAUUGAGGAGGGAGUUGGAAUUUAGGAAGUGAGACAUACGAGUAAAGACAACUCUUUCUAGCUUUGAGGAAAAAGGAAGCAGGGAUAUAGGAUGAUAGUUGGAAGUGGAAGACGGGUCUAGGAAUGGCUUUUUUUAGGAUGGGUACGACAGUAGUAUGCUUAAGGGGAGCAGGGACAACACCAGAUGAAAGAGAGCAGUUUAGGAUGUGUGUUAAGGAUGGUACAAGACAAGAAGUGAGAGCUCUGAUGAGGUGGGAAGGUACUGGAUCAAGCGUACAGGUGGUGGGACGAGAGGAGAAACGCAGCCACCUCCUGUUCAGUAGCUGGAUGGAAGUCUUAGAGAGUAGGGAUGGUAUGGUCCUAGGGAGGGGAGAAGGGGGAAGAAUUCAAUCCUUAACUGUUUAAUCUUAUCAGUAAAAUAACAUGCAAAGCUAUCAGCUGAAAGAUUAGUUUGUGGGGCUGCCACAGCAGGGCAAAGAAGACUGUUAGAAGUAUUAAAGAGAUGCCUAGGAUUGAAGGAGCAUAAACUAAUGAGAAAAGAAAAGUAGGACUGCUUAGCAAGGGUGAGGGCUGCACUGUAUGAGCGCAUGACAAAUUUAUAGUGUAGCAAGUCUGAUAAGGUGCGAGACUUCAACCAGCAGCAUUCAGCUGAACAGGAGCAUCUCUGGUAGCGGGUUGACUUAGUGUGUCACCGAUAGAUGUGCGGCCUCCUUGAGGAGCGUGCUUGAAGUGGGGCUGCAGCAUCUAGGGCAGAGGUGAGGGUAGCAUUAUAUGAGGAGAUAGCCAGAGAGGGACAGGAUAUGGUAGGGAUAGAUGAGCGUCAGCUGAGAGUUGCUGGAGGUCAAGAGAAUUCAGAUUCCAGGGGGUUAGGUUGAGGCAACAGUUGUGGCGAACAAGAACAGUGAAAUUCCUAAUGUUUAAAUUUUUGAUAACACUUAAAGCAGUUUAGUAUAUAUCACAUUGAUUAAUAACACACAUGACAGUCAUGUAAGGUCUGGAAAACAUAAAUACCUCCCUGGAUUAUUUUGCUAUAACAUUCGCUUGUGUGAAAGGUAAACAUCUCUGUUUUCACUCCCCCUGCUUAUCUACAAACGUGUUUGAAUUUGUGUGCUUAAGAUCAUAAAAUCUUUGACUAUACUGGUUUAGAAUUAUUCUUUAACAUAAUAACAUAGUAAUUGUAGCCUGAAAACAAAGUCUCCCGCCAAUUGUAAUAUAGUGUGUGCAGAUAUAUAUAUACCCGUUGCUAAUGAGGUCCAGAAAAAACCCAGAAAGUCAACAUUUCCUUGCAUCAUAGGAAAGGAAUACAUUCUGUCAAAUUUCAGAAUGCUGGGUUUCAUCUUGCAAACGUAUUAUUGUUAUUAAGUGUUCUUGCAUAGCAAGACCACUUAAUGUUAUCUCACAUAUAUAUUAUUAUUAUUCUUAUUAUUAUAGCCAAAUUUACCACCCUAACUCCUCCCACAGUUUUUACACUACAUAAACAGUAAUAUACCGAAACGUGCGGAUUGUUCCCGAUUGGUGUGCACUUACUUUGUGGAACAUUUCGCUGAAUGGUUCACGGAAUAUCGUCGUUCUUGUGGCGGAAUUGGUACCAUAGGAAUGAAUGGCAAAAUGUUCAAAACUAGAGUGGGAGCUGGCAAAAGCUGAAAAAUCAGGACAUGAUUUCUAACUGCCACCACUCCCUCACUCCCACAUCUUAUAUCAAAAUGUUCAGCUAUCCCUGCUGCCACUAAAGAUGUCCACGGCUAAGCCAUAGUCCUGAUAGUUUUCACAAUAUGACCAUUUGUUUGCAACUCACGCCGUCCAUUGACAUACUUUGAAACUCCACUCUAGCCACCUCAAAUUUGAAGGUCAAUAUCUAAACUGCGACUGUGCCUUAAUUAUUAAUAUUCCAGAGACAUACUAUGCAUCAAAAUGUAGGUCUGGGUCUUGUGAUUCUCACAAUAUAAAGCUCUUCGCUGUAGGAUUUAUAGUUUUUAAAAUACGACGGUUUGAAGAUGGAAACCGCCAAAAUACUCUGACCUGUGCCAGGCUGCAGCAGCAAGUGAUGUCAUAGACAGGGCCUUUUGAACACCUGCUAAUGUUUUUAUAAAUGUAUGUUUUAAUGUAACUGUGACGCACUUUGGGCAACAAUGUUGCAAUUAAAUGUGAUAUAUAAAUAAUAACAGUUACUCCGCCCACUCCAGUUGUAGACUACUUGUGGAGGCAAAAACACUUCACACAAUUUCCCCACAAAUUGUAGCUUUUCUAUUUAGUAUUACCCUCCUCGUCUUCUGCCAUAGUCUUCAUGUGUGGUGAAUGGUAUUGGUAAUCAUUAACUGGAUAGGUAUCAGUAAAUGUUCUGACCCAUUCCUCUGCCUUGUAUGCUUUGGGUGGAGGGUAACAUGAGUUAUGGUGUGCUAAAUCCCCAAGCACUGGCUCUUACACUGUGAAACCUGUCCAACCUGAUGGAACCAGUGGGUGACCAGUACUCUGGCCCAAUUAAAACAACUGGUGUACCCUCCGUCAAGGGUUGGUAGAAGUAAUUGGUAUAAGGAUUUACAAGUCCUGUGUGGAACGGUCUUUUAAGUAUUGUCUGUUGCUGUGUGUCGCUAGGCAAACCUGUGAGGCAUGGCCAUUUAUGUAAGAAAUGACAUCCCUUUAAAUGUUCCACAUUGUAUAGCAAAUAUUUUCACUUAUUACACCACAUUUAAAACAGGGCUGGACAGAGUGUGUGUGUAUAUAUAAAGAGAAGUGUGGGGCCAAUAGUCACUGUAGAAACCUUUAGGUUCUUCCUGUUAAUGGUCUUAUACUUGAAUUGCUAUUUAUAAAUACAGCAUUGUUGUUUUUUUUUGUUGUGUUUUUUUAGCAAAUAUUUUGUUAGUCAACAAGUGUUAAUAUAUGUGUAAUCCCAUUAAAAGAAUCAUAUGGCCCUCAAAUGCCACUUCAUAUUGUUUCCCUGGUCUACAAUCAAAUGGACUCUCCAAGCGCCAUAUACUACCUAGUCUCCUUACAUAGACUAUAGAGCACUAAGCUCCCCUCUCUCCCCUAAUUUUAUUAACUAAAGUUGCUAUGACCUGAAAAAUAUUAUGUAAGAGCUUCCUGCUUCUGUUCACUUAUAGGUACUUUUUGAUAGACUUUUGGCCUUUCUUUUUUUUUUUUGCAUGCUCAAAUCUUUAUAGUUUUGGUACACAAAAAGGAAAUGUUUUGCAGAAUUCUGCAUCGUAUGCCUGAAUUUUUAGCCUUGACCCUCAUGCCAGAAAGACUUCUUUAUCAAAAGUAUGCACAAAGUCUCAACCCCCAACAGCACUGAGUGAUUUGGCCUGUAAUUCACAACCUGGCUGCAGAUAGUCAGAGAAGCUACUGUAACCGCAGGUGGUUCCCUUAUUUACCACUAUAAUGUCUUAAAACAUAGAACUUAGUAGGGCUAACCAUACAGAUAUCUUAGCCAUAAUUUUAUAUAGUUAGUAAGAGAUCCUCUAUUUAACAUAUAUAAAUAAUUGAGAAUACAAUAUAAAAUAAGGAUUGUCUUGGAAGCAAUAGUUUUGUCUUUUUGGAUAUUUAUUAUAUAAAAAUAUAAAAUCCAUAUAGCAGAAUUUCUAAGAUUAAACUAAAUGCUCACAAAUAUCAUUAAUAGGUUAACAUACCCUUCUGAACAUGUCAUCAUGUCAGCCUCUCUGUCAUUUUAAGAUGGAGCAGCGUCUGUUUCCAAGUCUCUCCUCUGUGUCUUAACAUUUAAAAGUACACCUAUUUAUACCUUAGGUGUCUCCAUUUUAGGGUUACCGUAGUUCAUUUACUUUAUUCAUUUUAGGACCUCCCUUAAUUUGGCAAACAUACAAGGCCAUAACUAAAGGGUGCAAACGUCAUGGAAAUUUUCCUGACUUAGUUCAAGAUGGCAUCUUAAAGUCUGAAUAGGUUAUCUGUUGUUUAUACUAAGUCGUAAGUGUACAGUCGUGGGAGAUUCCCAGAUUUGGGUAAGUUCCAUUAAUUUGGGGUUACCACAGUAUAUUGUGUACUGCAAGAGUCGUAGCAUAGCCUUGAAGCUUGUUUAUGCAUUAUUGUUAUUGUAAUUCGUCUGGGACAAAAUGGCGCAAACAUAUUAUGCACUGAGGUUAUUGCUUAAAGAAACAUGUAUGAAAAACAAUAUGUUCUAUUUCUAACACCUUGUCAGUUUGCAAUAUCUCUUAAAGACAAAGUACACAGUUUAAGAAAUACAUUUCAUUCUAAAACGUGUAAUAUUUGCAUUUGCCCAUAACACUACAAACAGGUAGUGAUAUCCUUACUAUCAUAGGCGUGCGCAGCCUAUUGCAUUAGGGUGUUUACCCUAAAGCACAAGCACACGCCGCUUGUAUGUAUGUGUGUGUGUGUGUGUGUGUGUGUGUGUGUGUGUAUAUAUAUAUAUAUAUAUAUAUAUAUAUAUAUAUACACACACAUACAUAUACGCGGUGUGUGUGCUCUGUGUGAGGGUGCUGGUAGUGUGCUAUGUGGGUGAGGGUGUUUGUGUGUGUGUGCAUGUGAGGGUGCUGGUAGUGUACUAUGUGGGUGAAUGUGUUUGUGUGUGUGUGCGCGCGCUUGUGAGGGUGCUGUUAAUGUACUGUGUGUGAGGGCGCUGUUUGUGUGUAAGGGUACUGGUAGUGUGCUGUGUGUGUGUUUGUUAGGGUCCUGUUAGUAUGCUGUGUAAGAGUGCUGUUUGUGUUUGUGAGGGUACUGUUAGUGUGCUUUGUGGGUGCUUUGUGUGUGUUGUGUGUUUGUGCUGUAUGUGUGCUGUGUGUGUGUGUGGGUGCUGUAUGUUUGGGUGAUUUGUGGGGGUGGAGGUGGGGGCAGAUUAGUUAAUAAAUAUCCCCCCUCCCUUCUUACUUUAUGUAGGGAGGGGGGACCGUGCUGCUGCCUUCCGUGGUGGUCCAGUGGAGGUGGGGGCAGAUUACUUAAUAUCCCUCCUCCCUUGUUACCUUAUGCCAGGGUGGGGGGAUCCUUUCUGCCUUCCCUGGUGGUCCUAGUGGUGAGAGGGAACUCUAGCCUGCGGGGCUAGAGUUCACUCUCACGAGAGCAAGAUCUGAGCGUUGCCGCGGUAACCACGGCAACGCUCAGAUCUCACGAGAGGAACCCGGCGGAGCUGCUGGCAAGAGCUCCCCGGAUCCUCUCCUGUCUCCCUCCCUGCCUGUGGGUCAGUGGGGAGGCUGAGAGCAGAGCCGGCUCUGCAUGAGCCGACAGGGGAGAUCCUGAGAUCUCCCCUGUCGGUCUCACUCCAUAGGCGUGCUGCGGGGAUUAGGGUGUGCCCAGGCACACCCGGCACACCCAGUGCGCACGCCUAUGCUUACUAUAUAUCUUCCUGGGAGUUCUCUCCUCUUCCAGUGAAGGUUGUUAUGUUGUUCAGAUCAUUCAGUACUGUCAGUGACUGAGCUGUGAGCAUACCUUUUGAUAAGGAAGUCUUUUUCUGGAGUGAGGGGAUGUGGAUAAAGAGGCAGGCUUAUGGUGUAGCAUUCUGCAAAACAUUUUACUUAUUUCAUGCAAAAAUUAUAAAGAUUAGAGCAUGCAGAAAUACUGGAUGUUGUAAAGGCAAAACCUGUCAAAUGCGUUCAAGUAUUAUUGGUGUCUGGAGUGUCCCUUUUUAUGUCCGGAGUGGCCCUGUAAUGCAUGAGCUCUUAUGGUAUGUGGAUGUCUUACAAGUGCUAAGUAACUUUUUUUUUCUUUCAUUCAUAGACUUCACUUUCCCUUUUCACAGCUACCAAAACUGUAUCUUAUGUGUUCAAUAAUGUGUCAAAAAAUUGUAUAACCUAAUCUACACUCUAACCAUAACAUAAGCAGGAGAGAUGAAAUAAAACUUUAAAAGGGCAUAGGGCCACCAUCAGGGGUCCAGGCCCCAUAUUUACACUGUGUGUGUGUGUAUAAAUAUAUUUAUCGCUGUACAUAUGUGCUCUGUGGCGGAUCUACCACCACACACUGAGAGGGCCCAUCAGGUAGCCCAUGCACUAAGGGCCAUCCGAUGGACUUAUCUCCUAAGCCGCCUGAUUGUGCGCUGCCUCUCUCUAAUAGAGCAACUGGGCCCCUUUAAAGAUGGCAGCCAGUGCUGGGAGGAAGUGAGGUAUCUUCUUCCGAGCUAAUACCCAUGUGAUAGGAAAGAGGCACAGGAGAAAGCAUAGAGGAGGGGAGAGCCAGACCCUGACUCCCACCAGCUCCAGCCAGCAGAUGCCACACUCCGAGAGGUAAGAAACAGAGGGUGGCUAAAGAAUAACCAACGUCUGUGUGUCUGCAUCUGUGUGCACCUGAGUGUAUGUGUGUGUGUACCUCUGUGUAUUUGCAUGUAUGCCAGUGUGUGUGUGUGUAUAUGUAUGUGUGGCAGUGUAUACAUUGCAUACAAAUGCACAUCUGCAUUCAAACACCAGCAUUCACACACACACACAUACUCCGUACAAAACCAUGCUUACAUUCAACCACACAAACACUGCUCAGUGCUUAAUACAGCCAUGCAAGGAUGGGCAAAUUGUAGAUCCCUACCUGGCAAACAUUGUGGGACUUGUACCGCAUAUGGGGAUCUAUAUUUUGGCCACUCUUAUGCUAGAGGGGGCCCAAAAAAAGCAUUGCACCAGUAUUGCACCCUCUUUACAUUAGUUCCACCACUGCACGGGCGGGCCCCCUGCCGCCUGCAUAUUGAAGAGGAUGCUCAGCUCAUGUGAUCUUCUGCUUCCGGAAGCUUUCUCCAACUCUCGCAAACCCCGGCCACUGCACACAUCAUCCACACAAACACACACUGCAUUCACUACACAGGCACUAAACACACACACCGCAUCCACUGUACACACACUGCAUCCUUGUGGGCGGACCUGGGCAUGGACCCUGUGGGUGGAUUAAGGGGUGGGCCCCAGGGGCCCAAAACGUAAACUGUGUUUUAGAAAUAUAUGUUUGGAGAUCGUAGUUGCCAAAAUUCUGAAAAAAACAUUCCCAGGGAUUCAAGAGAGAUGUGUCAAAGUGCUGCCUACACUUUUAUGUCUAAUUUUCAGAAAAUAUUGGCUGUAAUUUGUUAGAAGGUGUUUUUCUUCCCCAUCUGCUGCUUCUUUUUUUGCUCUAUCCAUCUUUUUGAAUAUAUGCCAUUUUUCAGGCAACAUAACAGAUUUAUUGGUCUUUCUGAUUCUUUUUUCCCCUCCAGAAUAUCCCUCCUCAGAGCCACAUUCUUCUGUUUGUGUGGUUUACAGGAGACAGGGCUUGAUCUUAAAUGCAACCAUGCUAUAAGCCUUCCUAAUAAGUUGCAGAACUAUUGGAGAGUGCCCUGAUAUUUGGGCCCCCUACUGAGCAGGUGUAGCCAAAAGAUAGAUCAUCAUUGGCUGUAUAAUGCUUUGCCAGCUGGGGAUCUCCAAUUUGCCCAAGCUUGAAGGUUUUGUCUGUGUGUUUAGAAAUAUGUGUGUUUUGAAUGCAGGGGUGUAUUUGUGUGUAGUGGUCUGCUCCUGUCUCCCCUUCACCUCUCUGUGUUUCUAUCCCCUGCAUAGCUCUCUGCACAUCAGGAGGAAGUAAAGUGUAAUCACUUCCUCCUGGCUGUGCGGGUAGGACUGCAAGCUAACAGGGGCCCAGGAACAAUUCACAGGACACAUCCUAAGACCCAUUUUGCGCCAGACCAUAGCCCAAAUCAUGGGACUGUCCUGGCAAAAACAAAACUGUUGGCAACGGCACCGAGGUAAUCGCUCCGGGUUACUUUUAAUUGGGCUGUCUUCAAAAUUACUGGGCUUAGGAAUAACUGCAUUUUCAGACACCCCUUGCCUCUUUUGUUUUUCUUUCAGCUUCCAUCAUCAUUUUUCUAAUAAUGUUGAAUAAUGCUAAAUAGAUGUUUGUUUUGUAAUGUAGUAUGUGUUUAAGGGCUGUAAGUAAGAAGUGUGUGUGUGUGUGUGUGUGUGUGUGUGUGUGUGUGAUGUAGUGUGUUUUUGCUGGUAAAGCAGUGUGUGUAGGGCAUGCAGUAUAUAGAGAAUGGUGUGCUAGGAAAAUUCAGCAUCUCCAUGCAGGGUGUGGGACGCUGAACAGCAGGGCUGCUUACUGUGCAGCCCUGAGCCAAGAAGACCCUCCAGUGGCCAUCUGAGGAGUGGCCCCUUGAAGGUGUCGCUAGGGGCAAUGUAAACACUGCAUUUUCUCUGAAAAGGCACUGUUUACAUGAAAAUGCCUGAAGGCAACGCUUAUACUCACCAAAACAACUACAUUAAGCUGUAGUUGUUCUGGUGACUAUAGUUUCCCUUUAAUGUUUGAUAUGUAAUAUUAUACAUAGUAACCUUUUAGAAGUGAUUUAUAACUACAAAAUCUAUUUUUGUUUUGCUCCUCUCUAAUGGCCUAGAACUGUUGUUAUUCCUGUUUUGGGUGUGACUCCCGACCUGCUACCUAUAUCAGAUAACCUGAAAAACAUCAAACCUUUGUACUAGUUCUGGUUGUUGUUAUGAACCUAAUCUUAUCUUCUGAAAGUCUGGUCCCACUUCUUGUGCAAAGAAUGUGUACACAUGUGCUUUAUAGAUUCAGUGCAUAUAAAUAUGUCAUUAAUAAAACUGUACUUGCUAUAACAAUAAUGUAUCGCGCACUGCAGAUUUCAGACAUCUAACUAUAUAUGUUUUUGUAUUUUGUUGACAUAACCUAAUUUAGAGAACAUCAAUAUUACACAAAGGAGUACAAAUGUGAUAAAUUAAAAAGAAAAAGUUGCAGUCAAACGUGUUAUUUGUAAUCACUUUUAUGGUGUUGAAGAUACAGUAAAUGUAUUUGGAAAAUCCCCUCCAAUUUAUUUGAAACGUCCAGAAAAACUUUGCCAUAUAAAGUAAUUUGAUCGACUAUAACAGUAUUGGUUCAGGUCUCCCGACCGUCCUAAUUUUAGCUUUACCACCCCUAUUCCAGGGUCCUGUCCCACUAUCCCAGGAUGUGGGAGAUAAGGGAACGUUCCUGAGGCAGCACAGCGCAAAUGCAUCAUUAGAUGUGCUCACGCUGUGCUUCAGGCUCUAAGAGCUCGCAGAGAGGGCCAAAGCACAGCUGUCUGCAUGGUCUUCAGUGUUUGGGGUAAGCCUAGGCAGGAUUGUCCACUUUCUAGGCAUGAAUGCCUGUUAUAUGAAUCGCCAGUGACCCGCCACAUCCCAAUGUUGGUAAAAAUGUUGACUGUCAUUUCGAUAGCUAUGAAUAGAUUUUAUUUUGAUUUGGAGAGUGUAGGAAUGGCAUAAAUCAAUAUGGAAGACAUAAGUUAUUGUAAAGGCAAUUGGGGUGUAACUGUAUUAUAGACUCGAACGGUUCUUUGAUACUUUCAUAUAAAUGGCUUUAUGUGUAAUGGAACACAUUUUAAAUGCAUUUGAAAAGCAAAUGACUGGUUGAGCACAGCCAUUAAUGCUCAUGUUCUGUAAGUCCCCAGUGCUUCUUUAUGAGAAGCUUUGGAUUGGACCCAAGAUCAUCAAUUACAAUCAUGGGCAUUGGCGAGGACACUUACUUUAAUCUACAUUUUGUUUCUCCAUUAACACAGGGUGGGGUUAAAUCUUAAACGAAAAAUGAACACCUAAAUGUUAAAAAUAAAUAUUGUAGUGUUCCUUUAAUGUUUGUAACGUAGUUUUCAGUGUUUUUAUUUUUGUAAAAAAAACUUGUGCAUUAUAGCCUAAUUAGUGCGAACUCCAAUUUUCUUACACACCGGAAAAAUGGAAGUCAGCUGCAACCAAUAAGGGGUAUUUCCAUAUGAGUACUCCACUGGGAAGCCAACUGUAAAUGCUACUCCUGUAGUACUUAGUUCCUGUAAGAUUGGGCAUAUUUAUUCAACUUCCUCCAAUCUGCUGGAGUUGCAGGCAACAACCUAGAACUAUGCUCCAUAUCAGUUCCCCCCAAAUAUCUAGUUACUGGCAGUUUGUAGGCACCCUGAUAAGACAUCCUCCAAAAACAUCUACCACUUCUUGAAUAACAUUUCCUUUUUCGACAUGCUCCCCAUGUCGUUCAGGGGACCCAUAAAACCCUUACUCUUCACAUCAUCUUGGCAGACAGAAUUAAUCUAGCCUAGAUGGAAAGUACCCAAUGACCCACCAAAUUCUCCAACUAGCAAUGUGUUACAAUUACCCUGAAACCAUGAGAAAUGGCACACAGGUUGACAAAUUCCACAGAGAAAUUUAAUGAAAUAUGUCACAAAGUCAUGCAUUUCUGCUGGUCCCUGUAAUAUCUUGUUGGAAGGAAGGGUAGGAAGAGCUAGGGUAGAAGAACCCUUACCCCGGCUCUCCCUAGGAGGUAGGAAGAGCUAGGGUAGAAGAACCCUUACCCUGGCUCUCCCUUUUUUUCCUUCUGAACAAGUUGUUACAGGUUAUGUUAUGCAUGGAUGUGUAUUUACUAAGAUAUAGGCCUUAGAUCUUUAUCCAGCACCUAACUGUUGUUUUUGCUUGCCAUAUAUUUUGUUACACAUAUAUGAUUUUCAAGACAUUUUUCUUUAUAUAUUGAAUUAUUAUUGGCUGGACUUCUGUGAGACAUCGUUGACACUUGAACCAUGUAGUAUACAAACCAAUAAAAAUUAUACAUGGGGAGGGGGGACAUGUGCAAAAAAAAAAGAUAGGAAAUGAGUUUAACAGUGUAACGUUUAAACAAAAAGUCAUCUUUUCACAAUACACCAGCAACCAGCUUUAUUCCAAAUGGUGCACAAAUGUUAUUAAAACGUGUAAUUUCCAUCUGGUAUAGCCAGUUUUGUCACAAGGUCAUUAGAGCUAGUCUAUUAGGACACAGAGACAGAUAGGAAACGCUGGAAAAAGCUAAGCGAGAAGAAAUAAAAAGGGGUGAGGAGAAUUUCAAGUGACGAAUAAGGUGCAGCAACGAACAAAGAUUGAAAUGCGGGUAGAUUGGGCAAUACUUUAAGGAGAGAACAUACACUGUUAGGUAAGAUGGGAUCUCGAGGAUCUAGUAUAGACAUUUAGUCUAACCAAGGUUGAAGGUAACCAUCGAGCAGGACAAUUACCUAAACCUAUCAUGAAGAACAGUUCACAGAGCUUCACUGUCAUGGAGCUCCUCUUGCUUUGUCUGCUUCUACUGUAGGAUGGACAGUAUCUUUUGCUUCUAUUGAGCCAACAUAGUUAUACUAGUAUUCAGAUGUUUUUGUUUGGAGAUUUCUGAGAUGCAGCAACAAGGAUCCAGGCAGAAGGCAAGUCUGGCCUGUCUACCUUAGAAUUCUGUAUAAUAUUAACAUAUGUGUUAUCUAGGCCUUUAUUAUGUGCAUUCUUGAUUAACUUUUUCAUAAAUUGAAAUAAGACAUUUUGUCAAAAUAAAUGUAUCCAAAAAAAAGGGACACUCUAUAAGCACCAUGCCAGCUACUGCUCAGUCUAAAUGUUUGUCAAACCUUUUGGGCAGCUAACCCAUCCUCCAGCGUUAUCAGUCUGCCACUGCAGUCAUGUUGGACAAAUUUUCCAUUGAUUAUGUGGAAGUGUAAACAUUGUAUUAUCAAUGUGGAUAAGGUGAACGCAGUCAGGAAAUAGCCCCUAUUUUGGUAAGCAACCAUUUUGGUUUGACAUAGAAUCAGUCACUUGCUCCCAGGGUGUGUGUUGGGUACAUAAUGACUGCACUGAGCUGUAGAGGUUAUGUUGCUCGUGGUGCCCUUAAGAUCUUUCAUAUGAUAUAUGAUUUUAAAAUAGAGUGUCCAAUAAUGCUAUUAAAUCAGAUUUUCAAGACUCCCUUUUUUAAUGAAAAAGCAACAGUGUUUUAAGACAUCCUGCCUGAUUCUGGCUCGCAAGGACUGCAUGAACAACUUUUCACCUUUUUCACUAGGCUGAAUUGUUUAAGGGUUCUAACAAAUGAAUGCAAAUAAGCUGGAUAUUUAAAAAUAUGUACCACAACAGUAUGUUGAAGUACAAAAGGUCACAAAGUGUAGCUCAAGCAAAGAAAACAAACUCCAUAAACUCACUGAACCAUAUGUUUAUAUCCUCUAGUGAAACUUUAACACCGUGACUACAAACCCUUUUAGAAAAUAUUUGCCACACUUAUCUUCUCAAUUUAACUCUCACCCACAUUAUUUGCCUUUAUUUACCUGUUCAUGUUGUUACAAAGUGUGUAUGAUUUAUAUUUAUCUGUACAUCUCUCUAAUAUUUGCUGUUACUGUAGUCUAAAACCCCCUGCAAAAGAUAACACCUCCAACUAGGCUGCAUCCAAGGCCAGUGACAAAUCCCACCCUUUAACUACUACAGCCCUAAAGUCCUCACCCCAACACUGUUGUUGUAUUCCCCCAUUUCUAUUCUUCUGCUUGGGUCUAUCUCUCCCAGUUCUCCUAAACCUUCUUUUGUGUCUUUCCAUUUCUCACAUUAGCCCUAAUUAACAUUACUCUAGUAGUGUAACCAACAGGGAUGUGCUAAAGCUAUACUGCACUACUUUGAUUUGCUACUGCCAAGUAUAAAAUGAUAAAAGCACCAGUAUUCUGUCACCUAAAUAGAACAGGAGUUGAAGAACUCCACUUUCAGAGCUUUAGUCCCUAAAACCACCCCUAACAACAUCUGUGCAAAUACUUCUUCUGUUUCAUUUUUGCUAACACUUCCUGUCUUCUUCCCUGUCUUUAACAGAAGGUAGACCCGGAAGUGGACUGUUUUCUACAGGAUCUGAGACAAAGGGUGAAGAUUGGAGUAGUGGGAGGCUCUGAUUAUGGAAAGAUUGCUGAACAGCUUGGAGAGGGCGAUGAGGGUAAUUCAGUAUAUUUUGACUAUGGGGGCAGGUAUUGAGAUGACAACAAAGCUCUUUUUUUUGUAUCUAGAGAGUCAAGAUAUUUCCACCCAUAAUUCACAUUAUAAAUAUUUCUUGGUAGUGGUUUGUGUCUACCAUACAAAAGUACGUACUCCAUCCCACCCUCUGGAGGGCUUUCCAACAAGGGCUCAAAAACUUUUUAACAAAAUAAUAUUAGCUCUGGCCACACCGUGGUAAGUUACCUCAGUUCCACCAAUGAGCUAGGUUAGGACCAAAAUCCAAGACAAUCAUUUAAUGGAUAAAUUGUUAGCAAUGGUUUACAACACACUUCAUUCGAAAAGAUAUGGACACCAUGGCAAGACUAUAUUUAUUGUUUUAGUUAUGAAUGUACUUUUUUAUCACAAGGUUACACUGCAGUGGGCUCCAUCCCCCCUUCUUUUUCCUUUCUUUAUUUUUCCCCAUAUCCUUAUUUCAGAAAAGUAGAAAUGAGCAAUUGAUACUAUUUGUUUCACCUUAGUGUUUGUAUUGCCUGCUUCUUCAAUUCAUAAAUAAAGAACUUAAAAAAAAAUAAAAAAUAGUAUGUACGCCACUACCUCAAACACACCCAAGGUUGCAUCUUGGAUACUUAGCAUUGCAAUUAAUGGCUCGCGUCUCCCAGGAUUUUCCAAUCUUGAUAUGCACAACAUAUACAUAAAAAAUCACCACGUUCAGUAAUUUCUGAAAUAUCACGACACACCCUAAUCCGUGGAUUUAAAAUCACAUCGAAGUGCAAUUAAAAAAUUAAAAACAAAACUAGUGUAUCAGUGAUAUACUUAUUUAACGAAUUUCAUUUUGUUUUUAUUGUUUUAUUUGCACUUUAAUGUGAUUUACAACCCACUGGGAGCCCCUAAGGAAGCCUGCUGGGACGAAACGCAUAGUGUGUGAGUGGUGGUUUGGAAACGAUUGGACCAGGUGAAGUUUUAUGUGACAAGCAUUGAAUAAUUUUAAGUGUUACAUGCAAAAAAUUCAUUUUUCUUAUGGUAUAGAACAUUCUGCACAAUCUUAUUUUUGUAUUUAAUUUUUAUUAUCAUGAAAUAUCAAGGCUAAUGCUGAUUGCCCUUUAUGGGAUUAUACUUCAUCCAGAAAGCCUUGAAUCUAUUAAAUGUGGUUUCUGUUCCUCUGUUGUAGGUUGGCUGUGUCUCUAUAGUUGUAUUUAGUUUAGUGGUUUGUUUCUGCACUACAGUGGAAUUAUCUCUUUUCCAAAUCCUUACCCCGCUAUUCAGGCCAAAUGACAUAGGUUGUAGAGCUAUACUCAAUAAAAAUUCAUAGUAUUACUUAUUUAGUGUUUUUAAAGGUCUAACAGAUUUCUCUGUCUAUUAGUUUCUUUUCUAUUGUAUGAUCAUAUGUGUUUGUGAAGUAUUUUAGCUUAUUCAUCUGUGCUUCAGAGGUUGCCGUUUCAGUAGGUACAUUUUAAAAGCAUUAUCGCAGUCCAUAAAUAUUGCUUUUACAUUUGCCAUUAUUCUGUCCUUGGUUGUUAUGUUUUGCUACUACAGCCCCUUUUAUAUAGCUAUAGUACUACUCAUAUUUAGUCUCCCCCAGCAGUUCUCUGACAUUUAGCAAUUAAAUAACUUGCCACACUUGCCCUAGUUUGACUCACCCGGCCUCACUACAUGAAAUAAUUUAGCUUCCCCUCUUGCACAGUAUGUUUUGUAUUAAUUUUUUCUCCCGUUCUUUUAAUUUAAUGCUAGAGCCCACAUUGGCCUUGUUUAAUUAACAGAACAUUUAAAGUAAACACACUCUGCUGCAAAAAUGAAAUUUCCCCCUCCCCCCCCUCUAUUUUUCAUGGAGGCUGUGUGAGUCCCUGCCACUGAAGAUGUAGCUAGGGACGCAUAUAAAAGGUUAUUUAAAGUUAUUUAACUCCUAAGCAGGAAAGAAAUGAGCAGUGUGACAGCAUGUGCAUGGUCUAAACCAAAACUGCUACAUGAAGCUAAAGUUAUUUUGGUGCGUAGAGUAUUCCAUUAAUUCUGCUUCAGAUAGUCAAAACAUUAAACCGAACAAAUAUUAAUGCCUACUCUAUUUUUUACUGUUUACUAUCCAGGUCAGCAUUAGUUUCACUAUCUUGGCAAGGAAAGCUAAGGACAUAGCUAUUGUAGUCUAUAGUUUCUGAAACCUAGCAAUGACCCUAAUGUUCCGUAUCACUUUUUUCAUUGAAGUGGUCCAGAAGUUUGAUUACAUAUUUGCUGAGAAUGGAACAGUUCAAUAUAAGGAUGGACAACUCAUUACCAGACAGGUAAGCCCAACACUUUUCUGUAAUUUGAAUAACUUGCAAUUAAAUAUGUACUCAGGCAUACAUCACUAAUAUAACAGGUUUAGGCUGCAGUCCACGCUGUAAAACAAAUCACGGGUUGUUUUUUUUCUUUCCAUUUGUUAGUGCAUGUAAAAUCCAUAAAACAUGCUUACGCUAAUGUGUAUAUUGAGUAUGCAAGAGCGAUAGAUUUAAAAAAAAAAAAAGUAAAAAUAAUGAAUAAAAAAUUCUACUAACAUAGGGAUUGCUUAUCUUAAAACAGUAAAGAGAGUUGAGAUUCAGCAACUAAGUAUAAUUAAAAAGUGCUGUAAUAGCAAAGUUCUGUAAAGCAAGGUAUUAAUGCAUUUUUUUUUUUUUUUUUUAAAUUUAAAUGUAAAAUGACUUGGUGGAUGUUAGUUCGGCAAAUUUUAUUUUGACCCUGUGUAACUUUUUUUGGUGUUUUAAGUGCAACUACUUGGGAUUGCUCUCGUUUUACACAGUUAUCUCUUUUUACGCACCGCUCAGAGCAAGGGGAAAGCCUUGGUAGGGUCAUAUAAAAUUUAUAUGUAGAUACUUUCCACUCACUAGUUGGAUUGUGGAUGGCUCCUUCAGAAUGUUCUCACAAAAUUCACCUAAAUUGAUAAGCACUUCAUAAUCCAGGGGAUUUUCCUUGCCACAGUACAGGAUGCUUCUUUAUACAUGUCAGCUGACAUAUCAUUCACAACCGAGUCUCAUGCAACACAGCUCUUCUAAAGGCUUUAUUCACUUAACUUCAAAUUGUAGCAAAUUAAAAUCUGAAUUUCAACAAUAGUUGACUUGGACCAAUUCUCCAGCCAGCUGUGCAGUGGUGGAACCAAGUAGAGAGGGCCCUGGUGCAAGAUUUUUUUGGGGGCCCUCCCCUUUCACAAGAGUGGCCAAAAGGUAGAUUCACAUUUGUCAUGCAGCUCCCACAAUGCCUUGCCAGCUGGGGAUCUACCAUUUUCCCAUCCUUGCAGGGUUGUAUUUAUUUAUGUGCUUGAAUUUUUAGCAUGUUUCAGCAUGUUUUGUAUGGAGUAUGUGAGUGAAUGUAGUGUUGUGUACAGACAUGCAUUUCUGUGUAGUGUGGUUUUUGAAUGCAGUGGUGUGUUUACAUAGAACCACAACUUUAUAUUAAAACUCCAACAUUAUACAAAGUCUUGAUGUUUGAAUGCAGGUGUGUAUCUGUAUGUAGUGUUGGCACAAUGCUUAGAUGUAUACACAUUGAGAUGUACAGGUGCAUAGACACAGAUACACACUGAUAGACAGAUACGCAGAUACAUAUACACAGCACAGCACAGGUACACACAUGUUGAUACACAUUUUCAGCCACCCUCCUGUUUCAUAUCUUUGAUUAUCUCAGUCGAUCCAAUACUUCUGCAUAUGGUGUAUGUAUCCAAUGACCUCAUAUAACCAGGACUUGAAAAUGAGAGAAAUCUCAAUGGAUCCUUCCUGGUACAAUAUUUUGUAAAUAAAUAAAUAGUAUCCUAUCACUCCUUACACUGACCUCUUGAAACUUUUUUUAGGCCAUCCAGAACCAUCUUGGUGAAGAGCUGCUUCAAGAACUGAUUAACUUUUGCCUCAUGUACAUUGCACUACUCAAACUCCCCAAAAAACGGUUGGUAACCAUCUUAUGUUAUCCUAAUAAGAUGUUGCAUAUCUCUGUAACAUUUUACGCUGUCGUAAAAUAACUGUUUAUCUUUCUAAUUAGGCUGUAUCUUUCGAUAAAGUUAACCUCAAAUACUUUUUUCUGAGUUCUCUCUUUACAUCUGUUAUUCCACGUAUGAUACUGAAUGCCAUACCUUUUGUAAUUAAAGGGUUAUCCCAAACACCAUGACUACUUCUGUGAUUUAAAAAAAGGCAUGGAGUCUGGAGUCCGUGCAGUGUUUCACUAUGUAACACGCUUCACAAACUGAGUUUAACCCCUUAUCUGCCACAGGUGUAACUCCAUCAGUCAGGUGUCGUUAGCCAACCCAAAACAAGAGUUCCUGGCAGACUAAUAUUAAUUCUGUACAUAGUUCUGUUUUCGAUUGACUUAGAGUGAUCUGUUGGCACUCUCAGCCACUGAAUGGAGAUGGGAUCGGCAUUUAGCUUCUGCAGCUCUGUAGAAGCCUUAUGUCAUAAACCAUCAGGAGAGGACACCCAGUGUAAUAUAACCACUAAAGCAGACUGUAGUGCUUGUGAUGGUUGGGGUAACCCUUUAAUUGUGGUAAUAGAAAUGGCAGAAGCCUGAUCCUUUUCUACUUGGGAGAAAAUGGUUUAUAUAUCUGACCAUGUUUACUUUUUGCUUGAUAAUUGUUGACACUACAAGAGGGCAUUGUUUGUCUACUGGAUAUUUAGUCCACAUUGCCUUUAAUCUUUCUUUGUACUUCAAGGUUUGUAAUAUGUUAAUGCAGUAGACAGUGAUAAAUAGAAUGAUUAAUUGCUGCAGAAAAAAUGACCAACUGAGAAUUCAUAUGAAAAACAAUAUUCUUAUUUAUGAACUCCACUUUAAGCUUAAAAAUGUUCUAUAACUAAAGAAAGAAAAAAGGAUAGAAUUGAAUGAGGGUUAAGUAAAAUAAAGAUAAUUCACCACUAACAGUCAAAAAGUAAAAUUAUAGAAGUAAAAAUACUGUAAGUCAUUCAUCUAAAAAUUGUAUUCUGUGUUCUCUUUUAGAGGGACCUUUAUUGAAUUUCGUAAUGGGAUGCUGAAUAUCUCGCCCAUAGGGAGAAGCUGUACUCAAGAAGAAAGGCUUGAAUUCUCAGAGUUAGAUAAAGUAUGUUAGAACAUUGCUGUUCUGGGAGGCACACGCCUUUUAAAUAGUCUGUCAUGAAUUAAUUAGACAACCUAAUUCUAGAUAUUCAUCAUUGGCUCUCUCAAUAAACAGAAUUGUCCUAUAACAUUACAAUUCCAUAUAUUCUGCAUUUACCACCAUAUUUACAAUGGAUUUCAGAUUCCCUUUUUAUAAAUUUCAUUUUUAUUGCGAUGCAUCAAAAUCUUAUAACAGGGAUAAUAUCUUUAUUCUAAACAUCAUCAAAGGACAAUAUGUAUUAAUACAGUAUGGAACAAUAGCUCCCUUUUUUGAGUUAUAUAAAUGACCGUGAUGCCUCCUGCCAUAAAAUCAUUCAGCUUAAACAAAUAAAACACAUAAACGGAGGGUACAAUCUGCCAUUAUAACAUGCCAUACUAAAUCAUUAGGUGACCAAAAAAAAAAAAGUGCCAAGACCUACCCUAUUACUCAUCUUUCGGAGGCACCUUCUCUACUCAUGGAGCUAGGGUUACCUGCAGGAUUUAUAUUGUCAGUGAAUCGUCCUUCGUGGUUCGUAGACCAUAUUACAUAAUUUGUGCCCAGAACAGCCUCGCCGAGGUCUAGCGCAUUGCUUACCUGAACGGCACUAUCAGUGCACAUUCUCUUUUUACACACAAUCUGCAAAUUAAAGUGACCAUAAAUGUAUGAUAACCAUAAUUUACCUCCUGAUAUUUUGUAUCCUUUAGAAAGAGAGAAUAAAAGAGAAGUUUGUGACAGCUCUAAAGAAAGAAUUUGCUGGGAAAGGAUUGCAGUUUACAAGAGGUGAACUUCCCCCCACCCCCCAUAAAGGUUCUCUAAUUCUAGUGUUGCCUUCUCAACAAAUGUGUACAUGUUUUCGUGUGUCUGAAGCUUUUCCUAGCUGCCUUUUGUUUUCUCGCAUUCUGUAUAGUUUAAAUUCUUCGUGUAUAUAUUUCUUUCCAGUGUCGUCCUCUCUUUUCUUAUGUUACUCGUGUCACUGAACCUGUGUGAUUCUAUUUUACUCUCCACUCAAGUUACCUCCUGGUUUUUGUUGCUGUUAUACGAUGUCCUGUUAUUUAUGUAUUUUCACUCCUUUUUCUCAAAGUUUAAUCCUCCUUGUCUACUCUGACCUAUCCCUCUAUGUUUAUCAUUAAUAUACGUCACAUCAACUCCACCUCUUAUCCCAGAUCCAAACAUCUUGCUUAUAAUUCCUUUUGCACCUCCUAGGUGGGAUGAUCAGUUUUGACAUUUUCCCGGAAGGUUGGGACAAGCGGUACUGUCUUGAUGCUCUAGCUGAGGAAAAGUUUAAUACCAUUCACUUCUUUGGAAAUGAAACGUCACCGGUGAGAACCAGUAUUUCAUAUAAAAAGUCAAAAAUAGAAUUGAUAAGAACAGGCAGAAACGCACUCAGGUCUCAUAAAUGUUUUGACUAACUUUUGCCAUUAUAGAGAGAACCUACUGUGCUAUUUAAAAUAUCGAAUUGAUCUCACCAUCAUGUGAGGUCCAGAUCUGAAAUGCUACAGACCCUGUUCAAUAAUUUUUUACUUGAAAUUUGAAGCAUACAUAUUUCAGGGCUGCCAUCAGAAAUUUUGGUGUCUCUUACACAGCUCAAGGCCUGGGACCCUGGGGCACACCCCCAGGUCAACCCACACAGAUAAGUAAAGUAGAUGCAGUGUGUGUAUAGUGGAUGCAGAAAGUGUGUGCAGUAAACACAGAGUAUUUGUGUAUAGUUGAUACAGUAUGUGUGUGUUUGAGGUGUUUGGAUAGGGUUUUGUAUUGGGAGUGGGUGGUGGGAGGGAGGUGGCAGUUUUUUUGUUUUUAUGUAAUGGGAGGAUGCUAGUUUUCCUGGUGGUCUGGUGCCAGAGCAGCUUCUGUACUGAAGAGGGUCCCAGGAGACUCCAUCUUCCUCCUCUGGCAUGCUGCAGGGACUAGGCUCUCAAGUGAAAACCAGACUCACUGGUGGUCCUUGGGAACUGUUUUCUAAUGGUUUUGAAAAGGAGAGGGAGGAGGGAAAAAAAUAAUUUAUUUCUAAAAAGGCUGGCUAAAUUUUAUUUUCACAGGGUGGGAAUGAUUAUGAGAUCUUCACUGACCCACGUACAAUAGGUCACACAGUAGCAUCUCCUCAGGACACUGUACGAAGAUGUAAAGAACUUUUCUUCCCAGAGAGAAACAAUGAAAUCUGAUAUGGUUUCCAAGAACUCCAUUUAGUGAAUGUUGGACCAUGGCUUGGCUCCUGAAAAGCCUCAUCCUUAUCAAAGUACUCCUAUUUUUAUGUUAACCAAAAACCUAGAUGAUAUGACCAUUCAUGUAAGGAACUCAGGCCAUUCUGUGACAUGCGUUUCAUCAAGAGAACUUUUUUCUUUACAUAUCUGCAUUAUUGAUGUUGAACAGCUGUUAAAAUCAUGUGGUUGGAUAUUACACGUCAACUGAGGUGAAGACCCCAAAUGAAAUCAAAUAGCUUUUUAACUGACAUUUUUGGUUCUCAACCUAUCCCACCCAAAAGAAAACUGAAUUCUUGUGAGAACUGUUUACUUGAAAUAUUGUGAAUUAUCCUUCAUAUGCUAUGAGGUCCAAUGUUCUUUAGCUGUAGGUGUCUUCAAACAUUAAUGUUGGUGAUUUUUGUCAUCGCAAAGUUUUAGUCUAGGUGUGCUAUGAAAUCACUAUUCAGAAUUAAGUAUCUAACAGACUUAGUAGCUUAUGUUAUUUCAAUGUGUGAAUACAUUUUUAAAAUUAUAUAGAUAUAUAACACAACAUGUAGGAGCUGUGCUAAACAAGAGUAACUUCUAGACUGGUGAAAUAUGUCUGAAUACGUCAAUGCAAUAUUUUAUUAUAAUAUGUUCUGAUUUAUGGAUAAAUAUUUUAUGGAGCUAUAUAUACACGCAGUGAACACCCAUUUGGGUACAUGUACUCUUUUUGGAUGGUUAAAUUACCUCUUUAUAACAUUGGUGUGCAUAAGCGCUGUCCCUGAGUGCACAAUAUAUCAUAUCUUGGAGCAGGCCUCCACAGUUAAAAACCACUGCAGGUAUUCAUUCCUUUGAGUUAAGACAUUGAUACACCAGGCACAUGAUCAUCAAAAUUCGAAACUGACAGAUGGUAAAGUGAUCACUUGUUCGAUUAAUAGGUUUUGCUGAAAUAUGCACAGUUGGGGUUAGAUAGCUGUGUAAAUUCAGUACAUGCUGCUGUGGCGUUUGGAUAGUGUGGCAAGAAAGAUGAGAUUUUAUUGGUACACACCAGACCCAAUUCUAGCAGAGUAUCAUUGGAGUGCCACAGUAUACUUUAUCAUUCCUGUUGAAUAUGUACAUUCCCUUAUGGCAAAAGUCUACCCUUUCUGCAGUGGACACUUCCAACAUAAAGUGCCAUUUUACAAGGUACACAAUAUAAGCGGGUUCUGUUAAUACCACUGACUAAUUUACUCCAACAGUUCUGAACCAAAGCUGACCAUCGUAUUUAGGUUAUGAAGAAAUCUGAUUCACAGUAUGAACAGGUCACAUUCGGUAGAAACUGCAUUGUGCUAUUAUGUCGACAUGGAUAAAAGUCACUACUGUAUGUUAUCCGUGUUAAGGCCUAUGCCAUGUACACUUUAUUAAAAAAAAAAAAAAAAAACAUUUAACAAAUGGCUAUACCUAAAAAGGUGUAUAUGCUUGUCUGUGAGCUACCAGAUUUUUUUUUUUAUUUUAAUACUAAAAUGACUGCUUUAACUGUAUUAAAAGGUUUGUGCAUUCGUAAUGCCAUAAUCAUUAUGGGAGAGGCUCACGUUUAAUACUUUGUUGCAGUUUAUUGCCAUGUGAUCAGUAGAAUGACAGACCGUUUCCUACCAGAAUAUGGGCUAGUAAAUGGCCACUCAAAGCAUCAGUGUACCUGCAGGACAAUGUUUAGUUGGUUAUGCUGGUUAAAACUGCUGUCGUAAAUUGGAGACUUGUGUUUGUGCUGCAGUUCAUUACCAUAAAUAUCACCACGGCAAGUUUGCCACUUUCCAAUAAGUUCUGAGUCAAGUUUGUAUUAUCCUAAUUUUAAUAUGUCUGCAUUAACUGAACUAGGCUCAAUGCCCAUUAGUCCCAGCUAGGAUUGGCUUCUGUUAUGUAUGCAGGCAGGGGGUUUUAAACACAGUGCGGUCUGUAUCCAUAGCCAGCGUUGGUGAUGGCUUUCAGUCAUAUAAUCCAAAGUAGUAAGGAAAAAAAAAAAAAAUCUGCAAAGUUUGAAUGGUCAGUUACUUUGAAAGUCAUUUGGGGCUAUGAAUUAUGCCAGCAGGAGUUUUGCCACUGGUUUUUAUAAAUAGUCCUUUGAUGGCAUAGAAAGCACUCCAGUUCCUUUGAAUGCUUGUAGUUGGAAUUUGGUAUUACAUGGACAUAUUACUCCAAGCAUGGUACAAUUGUGGUUCUGCAGAGGCAGUUCCAUCACUUGGCUAAAUAGACCUACGACGCGUCCAACAAUGAUCUUGCCCUUGACAGUGGACCACACUAGGGUAUUUCAAACCCAGUCAAGGGGACACAUUGCCAAUGCUUCCACAGUUUCAUCCAUACAACUUGGACAAGCCUACUAUAAAACUUUACUAUUAUGGUCAUGAAUUUAAAGCUAGAGAGCAUAUCCAUGUUGCUGCCAGAAGCUAUGGGCAAUAGAUUGGGG